AUGGCGAGAAGGGGCCAGGAGGCCGAUUUCAGGCCGCACGUUAGGGCCAGCAAAAUCUUCUUAAUGAUGAAAGCCAUCCCAAAGUUCAGAGAUAGCCUAGGGGGUUGUGUGCCCCGGGCUCCUGGCCUGGAUUUGGGCACUAGGACUAAGGUGUCAGCCGCUGGAGGCGGUGGGGUGAGGGGCGGGGCUGGACGAGGCGGGGACCAGUGUCACUCAGCCCACCACGCCCACCCCAGACCCCGCCCCCUGGGCGGGGCCGCCGUUCCUCCCCUCCUGUUGUUGGGUUUCCCUCGCGCCUCUGCUGCUGCUGCCGCCCGAACAUGGCUGCGCGGGUGGGCAGCAUCUCGGCGAGCGCGCUCCGCCGCCUGCCCCUCCAGGGGCCCCGGCCCCGGCCACCCCGCCGGAGCUGCACCUGGGGCCGGGCCGAGGGCCUACUCGAAAGACAGUGAAAGCAGCUGGUUUCGUUCCCUCUUUGUGCACAAAGUGGAUCCGCGGAAGGAUGCUCAUUCCACCCUCCUGUCAAAGAAGGAGACCAGCAACCUGUACAAGAUUCAAUUUCACAACGUGAAGCCGGAGUGCCUGGAUGCCUACAAUAGCCUGACGGAAGCGGUGCUUCCUCAGCUCCACCUAGACCCGGACUAUCCUUGUGCAUUGGUGGGAAACUGGAACACUUGGUAUGGUGAGCAGGACCAGGCAGUACAUUUGUGGCGAUUCUCAGGAGGCUACCCUGCCCUCAUGGACUGCAUGAACAAACUCAAGGUGAACAAGGAGUACCUGGAGUUCCGGAAAGAGAGGAGUAAGAUGUUGCUGUCCAGGAGAAACCAGCUGCUUUUGGAAUUCAGUUUCUGGAAUGAGCCUGAGCCUCGUGAGGGCCCCAAUAUUUACGAACUAAGGACUUACAAGCUGAAGCCAGGGACCAUGAUUGAGUGGGGAAACAAUUGGGCCCGAGCAAUCAAGUACCGCCAGGAAAACCAGGAAGCCGUGGGUGGCUUCUUCUCCCAGAUUGGAGAGCUCUAUGUGGUCCACCAUCUCUGGGCCUAUAAAGACCUGCAAUCCAGGGAGGAAACUCGGAAUGCCGCCUGGAGGAAGAGGGGCUGGGACGAGAAUGUCUAUUACACAGUCCCUCUGGUACGGAACAUGGAGUCUCGUAUCAUGAUUCCCUUGAAGAUCUCACCCCUCCAGUGACCCUGCGGACUCCUUCCUCAUCCCUGGAGGGAGCUGUUAGCCAGAAGAGCCCCUCACCUCUCCUCCCCUUCCCCCCGCACCCCUCCACCGCCUCAUUCCCCACUUCCCCCCCCCCACUUUCUCCGAUUUCAUGCCUCAUUCUUUCUUUGGGGUCUGACGGGUUCCUCGGGGAGUCAGGUCAGGCUGAGGCUAGCUGAAUUAGACUUAGACCUGGCUGCUUCCAAUGCCCAUCCACCUUCGCCCCUUUCUGUUCUUCCUUUGGCUUUGGGCAGCUAGGUGAAUCAGUGGAUUGAGUUUGGGGCUUGGAAUCAGCAAGAAAGAUCUAUGUUUAAAUCACGCAUAAGACACUUACCAGCUAUGUAACGAGCUGGGCAUUUCCCUUCACCUCUCGGGGCCUCAGUUUCCUCAUCUGUAAAAUGGGGAUCACAACACCACCUACCUCACGGGGUCGUUGUGAGGAGCAAACAAGAUAAUGUGUGUAAAUGGCUUUGCAAACCUUCAAGCCAGCUAUCAUUCUUACAGUUCUCCUUGUUCUCCCAGUCUCUCAUUCCCCUGAGGAAGUAGGAGCAGAUCUUGGCUUCUGAUUUCCUUUUCCCAAGGCCCCUCAGAUCCAGCUGCCUAGACCUGCCCUUCUUCCAUGUGAACGUCACAGAUGCAGUCAUAUUUAUGGAAGAGGUGGUGUAGUCCUGUGGUUAGAGCUUAGAGGCAAGAGCUGGGACCGUGCCUACCUCAGCUACUGGCUUCCCUGAUGCACAGGAGCCAAGUCCCUCUCUUCACUGCUUAAUCCAGGCUCUUAAUAUAUGAUCCUGAACCAGUGAGAGGGCCAGCAAGGUCAAG